GACCCUUUUGUGUUAGGCUCUCUAUCUCACAAUCUAUAAAGAAACGCACACAACCUCUCUAAUUAAAACUAAGCCUUACACCAAUCUACGCCCUCCAGCCACCCUAUCGCCGCCGUCUCCGCCGUCGCAGCGGCAGCUCUUUUAGUUUCUUUCUUCAAUUACAAGCUCAUAACAUCUGGGUUUGGAAGCAUUCUUUGUUGGCUUAAAGUUGUUAACCAGUAUCUUAGAUUCAUUUCAUCUUCAUUGAAGCUUCGGAACAUUGAAUUUGGAGUAUGAAGAAAAUCCAUUGAAGGCAUAAUAAACGACAUUUUUUUAAUUAUAGAAGGGAAAUAAAAGAAGACAAUGGCUGCAGCCACACAACAGCAGCAACAACAAGUAACAACAACUAAACUGUCUUCAGAAGAAGAGGCUUUGAAGAGGAAUACAGAUUGCGUUUAUUUUCUUGCUUCUCCUUUAACCUGCAAAAAGGGAAGUGAAUGUGAGUACCGCCAUAGUGAAUAUGCUCGGGUUAAUCCAAGGGAUUGCUACUAUUGGUUGAAUGGGAACUGCUUGAAUCCGAAGUGUGGAUUUCGUCAUCCACCUCUUGAUGGCUUGUUUGGAAGCCAAGCAGUAACUCCUACUGGAUCUUCUGCGCCCAAGUUGCAUAUGGCGGCGGCACCUGCCUUGCCCACUUCCCAAAAUCCUGGGAAGCAAGCUGUCCCAUGCAUAUUCUUUCAGAAGGGACUGUGCUUAAAAGGCGAUAAAUGUGCUUUCUCACAUGGACCGAGUCCUGCUAGUAACAAACCAUCACUCCCAGUAGUACCUUCAUCCAGCUCUGAACACCCACCUCAAAGAAAGACCUAUGGAGGUCCUCAGAAAUUCAUGCAAGAUCAGAAGAUUCCACAAGCAAGUUUCUCAAAGACAGUUGAAGCAUCUGCUGAAGCUAAACCUGCGGGAAAACCGGAGUAUGCUUCACACAGAAAUGGAGAAGUUGAGAAGAAUCUACCAUCUUCUAAAAGCAUUGAUGGUGUGGUUCCUAAAUACAAAGCGACAAAUCUUCAUGCUGGGGUAAAUGGAAACUCAAGUCGUUUCGAUCGUUUGCAUCAGUCACAAGUUCCAGAGGAUCAAAGUUUUCAGAACGGUAAGGACGCUGAUGAAUUUUUGAAGGAGUCAUCUCCUGGUUUUGAUGUUCUUGUAGAUGAUGAGUUGAGAAAUUCUGAUUUUUAUCAUGGUGAAGAUCAAUACGGAAGGACAACUGGUCAUGAAGGAAGGAGCUUGAAUCCUAUGGAUGAGUAUGAUAGGGGUCAUUCUGCUGAUUAUGGACCAGUGGAUGACAUUGACAGAGAAGCUUAUCGUGAUCCAAGAGGCUAUGAUUCCUACAAGCGCAUGCAGGGGCGGUAUGCUUGGGAUCAGCGUAGGUCUUCAUCAGAAAGAAUGGCGUUAGGGCCAGCUCAUCCAGAAAGGGGAGUUUAUUCUAAAGCAGAUAGCCCUGAACACGCUGAUGAUGUGGAUCUCCGUUACCGUCUAUCAAAACAUAGAAGAGUUGAUGGGUUGAGAUCAGUUGUCAGCCAUGAUGUUAUCCAUGACAAUCAUGCUGAGGAGAGAGGGUAUCGUAGUUCUUCAAGAGGGAACUCCCACAACAUUAGUAGUCGCCUUCUUGGUAGAUUAAAGCUUCCAGGAAGAUCUUCCGAUGAGAUACGUUCAGAAAGGGAAGUAGAGAAGGGUAGGAGUAGGAAUAGAUUGUCGCCAGGGAGGUCGCAGAUACCGUCUCAUCAAGGCAAGCUUCGUGACAGAAUGAAAGCAAGGAUGGGCGAUGAUUACGAUAAUGAACGGAGAAGUCUUACAGGUAAUCGAACAGGAAGAGAAAUGCCAGAUGACAGAAAUCCUGGUUUUUCUGGUCCUAAAAGUCUUUCCGAGCUGAAAGGAGUAUUAAAUACGGAGGGUAUGACACAGCAAUCAAUUAGAAAGAGAAAAUAUUUGGAUGGCCAUCAACCAUCUGAAGGUGACCUAUCGUUUGAAGGGCCAAUGCCUCUCAGCGAGAUUCUGAAAAGAAAACGAGAGGCUGGAGGAGCGGGUUCUGGUAGCGGGAACUCCUCAUCUAACAAGGAUGACAUUAAUCGGAGAGAAAUUAAAGCAACAGUUGCAGAGACUGAGGAUGAAGCGGACAGACGAGUGGUUAAAGAUGAAGUUUCCAAAUCUGUAGAAAAUGCUGAAGUUGUUGAUAAUGAGCAUUAUUCUUCUCAGCUACGUAAUCCAAGUGAGCCUGAGACUGAAGAUGGAAUGAUAGUUGAUGAUGGCGUAGAAGAAUAUCAAGAGUACGAAGGCGAUGAUCACGGUGAGGGAGAGUAUGAAUACGAGCAAGGUGAUGAAGGGGAGUAUUAUGAAGAGGGUGAAAAUGUAGAAGGUGGAGAAGAAUAUGUAGAAGAUGAGGAGGGGGAUGUGGUUGGAGAAGGAGAUGGGGACGGAGAUGAUUUUGCGAAGAAAAUAGGUGUAAUGUUCUCGUAAGAGGGCAUUAUGAAGCUGACACAUUUUGCCGUUCUAUCGGCUGAUUUGUCAGCUCGAUUGCGAAGGGCGGAUAAAUUUUCACUUUAGUAGUAAUGUCAAGUUGUUCUGAGAGGAUUAAGUUAAAAGUUUUUUAGUUGUAUGUAAAACUGAUUGAAUGGGAAUUUUUCUUGUGCUUGGGGUGAUUAGCUUUAGCCCUUGAGCUCUGCUUGCCCAGAAGGCACGAUUGUAACAGUAGAAAUUUAAUAAGAAACCUGCUGCUUUUUCUAAA